UGCUCAAACAACGUGGAACAUGCUAAUCGCUGCCACUCAAACCCAGCGCAUGUGCGAAACGCUGCUCUCCAAACUGUGCGCACUUACAAAACGGUUUCAAGGUAAUGUUGUUGUCGUCAGUCGAGUCUCGUAUUACUCGCACAUUCCAUUCUCCCGUUCACCUUUAAUUCCAGGCCUCCCGCAAGACUCGGGAGUGGCUAUGGGUGACCUCAGGGUGCGCCCUUAGCGGCUGACACGCAGAGCUGCGCACUGAUCUAGGCAUGUCUAAGCGAGUGAGACCCGGCUAUUACCGCCAAGAAGUCAACAAAACGUCAUGGGAAGUACCGGAUCGGUACCGGGAGCUGAGGCAGGUGGGGACCGGCGCUUACGGGACAGUAUGCUCAGCAGUGGACUCCAGAACAGGAACCAAAGUGGCGAUCAAGAAGCUGUACAGGCCUUUCCAGUCGGAGCUCUUUGCCAAGCGGGCAUACAGGGAGCUGAGGCUCCUCAAACACAUGAAACAUGAAAAUGUGAUCGGACUAUUGGAUGUGUUUACUGCUGACCUCUCUCUGGACAGGUUUCAUGAUUUUUACCUGGUGAUGCCGUUCAUGGGGACAGACCUGGGGAAGCUGAUGAAGCUGCAGAAGCUGUCAGAAGAGAAGAUUCAGUAUCUGGUGUAUCAGAUGCUCAAAGGGCUGAAGUAUAUUCAUUCUGCUGGUAUAAUUCACAGGGAUCUUAAACCAGGAAAUCUCGCCAUCAACCAAGACUGUGAGCUCAAGAUCCUGGACUUUGGUUUGGCGCGGCAGGCGGACAGCGAGAUGACGGGGUACGUGGUGACUCGCUGGUACAGAGCCCCAGAGGUCAUCCUGAGCUGGAUGCACUACACUCAGACGGUGGACAUUUGGUCUGUGGGCUGCAUCAUGGCAGAGAUGCUGCAAGGAAAACCUCUUUUUAAAGGCAGCGACCAUCUGGAUCAGCUGAGUGAGAUCAUGAAGCUCACAGGAACGCCAACUCAGGAAUUUAUAUCAAAACUACAAUCUGAGGAUGCCAAAUGCUACAUCAAAAGCCUCCCAAAACUGGAAAAGAAAGACCCUCAGAAAGCCUUUUCCACAAAUAAUCCACAAGCCGUGUCAGUGCUGGAGCGCAUGUUAUUGCUGGAUCCGGAGAGCAGGGCAACGGCUGCUGAGGCCCUCAUGCUGCCUUACUUUACUGAGUUCAGAGAACCAGAGGAGGAGACGGAAGCACAGCCAUACGACCACUCGCUAGACAACACAGACCAGCCCCUGGACCAGUGGAAACGUCAUACCUUCACAGAGAUCUUGACCUUCAAGCCAGUCAUGCCAGAGUCCAAGGAAACCUCGCUGUAAGACACAAAGACUCAGCUGAGCAGCAUGGGACCAGAACAAACUAAAACUCUUUUUUUUAUCUUGAUCUGAAAACUUUUGUCACAAGGCUUAUUAAAUGCAAGUGGAUCCAGUCACACUUCUCUAAUAAUUGCAAGCUGCCAUGUUCAGGAUUUUACAACGUAAUGUUGGACCAGUUGCUUACUUCCUGACUUCAGAACCUGUCAAUGCCAGCAUGUCAGUCAGGAUCUCCUCAAUCCUCAAUAAGUAAUUAAGUAAUGCAGGGAUAACAAGUGGUAUUACUUGAGUUACUUAUUUAAGUUCCAUUUCAGUUUCCCUUCAGUGGUAUACAUAUAGUUUUCACCAAAUACAUCACAAGCUUCCAGUUGGUUUGAGUUCAAAUCAACUACAUUAAAGAAAACAAAGAUAUUUCAGUCAACUUAUUUGUAAAAUGUCUGUUUAAUAUAGAUGAUUAUUUUUGAGUAAUGUAUAUCCGCUAAGGCAUCAUUUACAUGUUAUAGAUCCAGGACAAGGCCACACGCUGUAAAUGUGAAAAAAUGAGGAUACGUGUUUUUGUAAUAUGAUGUUUUGUGAACUAGCUUCCCCUUCAGGGACUUGAUGUCCUCGAAAGACAUUUGAUCGGAAUUUUGGACGUCCUUGUGUGCAUGUGUGUGUCUGUGUGUAGUCUACAGGUCUGCUCUGACCUCCUUAUUCAUAUCAGUGGCCUUAAGAUAACUGCAAAACAAUACUGAGCUGCCGGCCAUACGAAAUCCAUCCCAGCAGCCUAUGUACGAUCAUUCACUUUUUCAUUUUAAGCCAAAAACUGGCUUACACUGGAUAAUGUUGUUUUUUCGUAACACAGAAAGAAGCACAAAACACAUUGUCUUUGUUCAUUUUUGCACCGGUCAUGCAUUUUUGUCAAUAAAGAAUAUCUU